UUUGCCACCCGAUCUACCGCACAUCUAAACAUGAUCGACAAAUUCAAGCUCGGUUCCGGUUUGAUUCGGUACAUCCGUGGUGUGCCUCCGGCACCUGCCAAACCCAAAUUCAAAUACAUCCAACCGUCGACGGCUCCGGCUCCGGCCCCGAGGCUCCAGCAAGUGACUGCCGUAGCGAAAGACUACUACAGCAUUCUGGGAGUGAAACGGUCGGCCAGCUUCAGGGAGAUUAAACAGGCUUACUACGCAUUGGCCAAAGAAUCGCAUCCGGAUCUGCAGCGUCCCGGUUCGAACCUACAGGCGCCGGUUGAUGAAGCCAAAUUCAAGGAGAUUACCGAAGCCUACGAAGCGCUGAUGAACGAGAACAAAAAGGGUGACAGCGUAAUUGCCCUCAAUCCGGAAUUGUACAGAAAUGUCACCCGGGAGCGUCACAAAUCGAUCGCAUCCACCUGGAACACGGUCAACGAACUCAACUACAAGGACGUCAUUUUGAGCAUCUCGUUCAAGGAAGCCUUCGAAGGCGGUAGGCGUGAGGUGAAGCUACCGAUCGGAUCCAAAUGCGACAAAUGUUCCGCCUGGGGCAGUUUCCCUCCGCUGGACAGCGAAGGCUUCUGCAAGGUAUGCCAGGGAACUGGGAAACAAACUCUUCAAACCGAAAACGGCACCCUCUGGAUGACGUGUAAAUUUUGCAAAGGCAUACGUACCGCUCCGCAGAAGCUGAUCUGUCCCAAAUGUCUCGGCAAGGGAGUGACACUGAAACCACACCCCAUCUCGGUUAACAUCCCCAAGGGAUCGAAGAAUCGAGACGUCAUCAAAGUUCGCGUCCCGGGCCACCAGCGGUCGGUCAACAUCAUUCUCAACGUACAGGACGUGGACCGCUUCCACCGUGAAGGGCUCAAUAUCCACUCGACCGAGCAAAUAUCGCUGACGCAAGCGAUUCUCGGUGCCAACAUCCCCAUCAAAGGGAUCAACGGUAUCUUCAACGUGCACAUCCCACCGGGAACGCAACCAGACACGGAAAUUCAUAUCCCCGGUAAGGGCGUUUGGGACCUGUCUUCGCAGGAACGAGGUCAACAUAUUGUGAGAGUAAAAAUACGCAUUCCAACCAAAGUGACCACGCACCAGCGGCAACUUCUUGCAGAGCUGGACGCAUCCCUUCGUGCAGGUCACGAGAAACUGGACUCACCGUUUUUACGUUGAUUCCCCACUGGCAGUCGGUCCAGCGCUCCUUCCAGGCUCGCAUCAACAUCAGUUUGAGAAGCGUUGUUU